AUGGCGUGGAAAACCAAGGAAAGAAUAGACCUAAAAGGAGAAAGAGAAUCUGGAAGAGAAACAAAUUCUGAGUUAAACAAAACUCCGGAAAGGUUUAAAGAGAGUCAUAAAAGUGGAAGAAGUGGUACAAUAUGCAAAAAUGAAAGUAAAAUAAAAAUGGUUGCAGCUGAGAUGCCAUUCUAUGUUGACUUAGACGAAAAACAGAACGAAGUUGUUGGCGGAAUUGACGUAAAAGCACUUAACUUAGUGUUCAAUAAAUUAAAUUGUCUUACUUACGAAAUACUUCGUCCUGAAACAAUAUUUGGAGUAGAAGACGAAAAUGGAGUUUGGAAUGGACUUUUUGGAAAACUGCAACGCCAAGAGGCCGAUUUCAGUUUGAAUUCAUUAUAUAUUACGCCAGAGUGUUAUAAGAUAGUGGAUUUUGCUGUUUCUUUUGACGCUGACGAAACCAUUUUUAUCGUUUCUUCUCCUAAAGAAGUUUCUAAAUUAAAAAUUAUUUUCAGACCGUUUUCAAUUACGGUUUGGAUAUCUCUUAAUGCUGCUAUANUCCUUGCAGCUAGUAAUAGUAAAAAAAUAAUACGAAAUAUCAAAACUCGCGGUGAAAUGAAUCACAUCAGAAAUAGCACAACUAGAAUCACAAUUGGUGCCUGGUUAUUAAUAACAGUAGUCCUCAUAUCGGGUUAUUGUGGAGUUCUCUUCUCUCAUAUGACUUAUCCUUUGUACGAAUCGAUACCUACAACUAUUGAAGAACUAGCAGAUUCUGAAACAAAUGAGCGAAGUGUAAAAGUUCUUGGAGACCAUUUACGAGAACAUCCAGAGAAUUUAUUUUCUGAUAUGGACGAUGCUCUUCAACAUGUACUAGAUACAAAAUAUGCUUUUUUCAGUUCUAAAAGUGUGAUAGUGUCAAUGGCGAGAAUUAAAGGAGAAGGCCAAUUUGCAUAUUCACGAGACUUUCUACUUAAUUACAUGGUGUCUUACCCUAGAAAAAAGACAUUUGAAUUUAAAAAUGAAGUGGAUGAAAUAAUAGGAUGGAUAAGAGAUACCGGUAUUUACAAGAAAAUGGUGAGGGAUAUUAUGCCACCGUCUACAAAAGAGAUCGCUAAAGAUACUUUUUAUCCUUUAUCCAUAGACGAUGUCUUAAGUUGUUUUAUUCUUCUCGCAGCUGGAUAUGGAUUUUCUAUUGUAGUUUUUAUAAUAGAAUUGACGUAUAAUCGUAAAGCAAUGUGCAAAAAUAAAAGUGAAGUAAGAAUUGUUGCUGCUGAGUUACCAAUUUAUGUUGUAACGGAUGAAGAGGGCAAUGAAGUUAUCGAUGGAGUUGACUUUCAUACAGUUAAAUUGAUGUUUGAAAAAUUAAAAUGUGUCCGAAAAAGUCUUCGGGACAAAACUCGAGAAUGGAUCCUGGAAUGGGUUACUUGGAAAACUACAACGACAAGAAGCUGA